AUGUACAUGUGUAGCAAUACCGGCCUGUCUGGUUGGGCAGAGCUUAGAAAUCCCACUGGUCUUUGUUUUCACAUGACCCAUAAGCUGUUAGUUAAAACUUCUGUAAGAAUUCUCAUAUUGCCCGGGCGCCCGGUUGUCGACUUCCCGACUCGCUUUUUCCUCCGCUCACAUCCCCGCCUCCCCCUCGAUUUGAUCUCUCGAAACACGUCCGGCAGCACGAGACUUGUUUGA